AUGCAGUUUCCUAGCCUACUAUUUACGAUGGUUAACAACAAGGCCUUCAUAAGUUUUGUUUUGCUGGGAGCUAGCCUUGUCGUCAACGUUCUCGCUCAGCAAUCUUCUCAGGAUAACGUGUUAGAGACAAGUACGAAGUUGAAGUGGACAGAUUGUUACACACAGUUGCAGUGUGCCCGACUCCAAGUUCCCCUCAAUUAUUCCGAUCCAGAUGGAGGCACAGCGUCAAUCGCUGUCAUUAGAUUUCCUUCGCCGCUCGCGGGUACGGACGACUACAAGGGACCAAUUCUUUUCAACCCCGGAGGCCCCGGUGGUAGCGGUGUGCAAAUGAUUGCGGACGGCGGCGCAGCGUUUUCCGAGUUGCUUGGCGCCAACUUCGACAUCGUUUCAUUCGAUCCCAGAGGUGUUGGGUUCUCUACCCCUCGCGUGUCCUUCUUUGACACCGAGGCUCAGAGACAAUUUUUUGGGUCAUUCGACGUAAUCAACGCGACGAGUGAUGGUCUCGCGCGUAUUUGGGCUCGCGCACAGAUAACAGGUGCCCUCGCCGCACGACAUAAUCAACACAACGUACUCGAGCACUUCAACACGGAGAACACGGCAAGGGAUAUGCUCCGAAUUGUCGAAGCACAUGGACAGAGGAAUAUCCAAUACUGGGGAUUCUCGUACGGGACAGUGCUAGGAGCAACAUUUGCAUCCCUGUUCCCCGACCGCAUUAGCCGUCUCGUCCUUGAUGGCGUUGUCGAUGCUGAGGAUUAUUACGCUACCCUUUGGUCAAAGAACCUGCUAGAUGCCGAUAAGACCUUACAAAUAUUCUUCGACGACUGUUUCAAAGGUGGCCCUGAUUUAUGCCCCUUCUACGAGCCCUCCCCUCAGGCGAUCUCUCGCAAGCUUGACGACUUGACUCGAGCUACCUUCCUACGGCCCGUUCCGGUUUUAACAGGCAUUUCUUAUGGAUUGGUCGACUAUGCAAGGCUGCAAAUGUCGAUCUUUCAAAGUCUCUGGUCACCAUACGCACUCUUCCCACAACUUGCUCAAGGUCUCGCCGAUCUGAUCAACGGGAACGGAACAACGCUGUACCAGAUCAUGGAGCAACCUCUCUUCGAUUGUUCUUGUGGCACACCCACUCCUCCCACAAUCAUUGCGGACGGCGGAAUUGCCAUCUCUUGCACCGAUGGUCAAGAAGUCCGCGAUACGGUUGACGAGUUGGAAUUAUAUCUGCAAGGACUAUUGAGAGAUUCACAAUGGGGCGAAGGCAUGGCCAAAGCAAGAAAAGAGACAUUUCCAAGUCACCCUAUACUUUGGAUCGGAAACACCGCGGACCCAGCUACACCCAUUGCCGGAGCACGCAAGAUGGCCCAGGGAUUUCCGGGCUCGGUCGUUCUCGCGCAGGAUUCGCCUGGGCAUUGUUCUAUCGCCGCACCAUCCGUAUGCACGUCAAAAUUCGUUCGUGCGUAUUUCAUGAACGGGACACUCCCUGACGAAGGGGUUGUAUGCCCUGUGGACGGGCCCAUCUUCACGGGGCAGUCUGUAGGUGCUGCAGACCCUUCGGUGCGCCGAGCUUUAGGAGUGGACGAAAAGGACGGAGAUAUUGUUCAAGCUUUAGCACGCCUUCGCCGAAGUUUCAGAGUACCACUUCCCUUUUAA